AUGGCAACAAAUGCAGAAGAGGAUCUCACUUGUUCGACCUGUUUGGAAGUAAAGAAAGAUCCUGUCACACUGCAAUGUAAGCACAGCUUUUGCCGUGCGUGUUUGGAGAAGUGGUGGAACGAGGAAAAAGGACAGCAAACAUGUCCACUCUGCAGGAAGAAGUGUCACUCCAUGGAUGAUCUGUUUAACUUUUCACAACCCUCAGUACAGUCAGAGGCCAUCUGUAAGUUGCACAAGGAGAAAAUGGAACUCUUCUGUCUCGACCACCACGAGUCUUUGUGUGACAUCUGCAAGGAUGCUGAAAUCCACUCUGGCCACAAGUUUUGUCCCCUCGAUGAAGCUGCAAAAAAUCAUGGCGAGAAACUGCAGGAAGCACUGCAGAAUGUGAAGGAAAAACUGAAAGAUUACAUUGAGAUCAGAGACAACUGCAAAGACCAGUCAGGUUAUAUAAAGUUCCAAAAGGAACAGACUGAAAGCAAGAUUAAGAAGAAUUUUGAGGAACUGCAUCGCUUUCUGCAUGAUGAGGAGGGGGCCAGAUUGUCUGCUCUCGGGAAAGAAGAGCAGAAGAAGAAUCAGAUGAUAAAUGAGAACAUUGAGGCUCUCAACAGAUACAUUGCCACUCUCUCAGAAAACAUCAGAACCACAGAGGAGGAACUGACAUCUACACCCUUUUACUUCAUGAAGAACCACCUGGUUGCAAUGAACAGAAUCCAACAAUUACCCGAAAAACCCAAGCUUCACCGAGGAACUCUGCUGGAUGAAGCCAAACACGUGGGAAACCUCAAAUUCAACGUGUGGGAACGAAUGGCGGACACAGUGUCAUACAGUCCUGUGAUUCUGGACCCCAAGACGGCCUGUCCAGCACUCAGGCUUUCUGAAGAUCUGACCCGUUUGAGUGUGAAGGUAGGAGAGCAGCAGUAUCAGAAGAAUCCAGAGAAGUUAAAGUACAGGAACACUGUUCUAGGUUCUGAUUUAGACAGAGGAACACAAAUCUGGGAUGUUGAGUCAUGUGUGAACAAUGAAAGGAAAGGUUUAUCAAGCUGUGGUGAGACCAGCAAUGUGUGGUCUGACGACGGCGCCACUGAGGAAAAGACAGGAGGCAGAGCUGGAGGUAGCAGAGAUGAAGAUGCUGAGGUUCUCUAUGGGAGUAACCAGGAUGGAUAG